AUGAUUGCUCCUGCACAAGAUGCCGAAGCGUUAGAAGCCCAUACCAAAGCCAUGCAGUAUGAGAAAAUGCUCAGGGAACAAAAGCUUAACCAAGAGCAAGCAGCAGCAGCAAAGGCACAGGCUGAACAGUUGGAGUUUCAAAAACAGAAGAUGAAACUUGAACUGGAAAACCAAAAACAAAUCAGUUCACUGAAGGAAAACGAGAGUGCAAGUAUAUCAGGAGGAGCGUCAGCCAUGAGGAUUGCAAAUGAAAAAGGCCUUAGUUUGUCAUUUCCAAGUUCGAGGGAACCCCACAAGAUUGGGUCAGAUUUUCGGGUCAAUUUUCUUCCCAAAUUGACGGUACCAGUGAACCAGCCACCACAAAAUGUUCUUACCUAAAAGAAUUGGUCAAUGUGAAAGUACAGAAACUUAUUGAUGGAUUACCUUUCACCAAAGAGUGUUACCUCAAAGCCAAAGCUCUACUCAGGAAAAGAUAUGGCCAAACUAGCGAAGUUGUAGGAGCGUAUGUGAGGAACAUUCUCGAGCUGCUGACAAUUCAAGAAUGAGAUGUGGCAAACAUACACGAUUAUUAGGAGAAGCUGCUGUUUAAUGUGGAGUCAUUACUAACACUCAAGAAACUAAAUGAGUUUGACGCGGCCGCAAGAUUCACCUUCGACAAGCUUGAGGUGAUAAAAAAUGAGCUCACCUUAAUUGACGGGAACUGGCGCGAUUGGACCUUCAAGGAGUUUCUGGAAACAUUAGAGAAAUGGACAAUUAAUAACCCCUUACAAGGUGGUCGUAAACAGAAGGCAUUUUUCAACAGAGAGGAAAGAAUGCAUACCCCACGCGGGUGUGUUUAUUGUACAAGCACGGAACACAGAGCCGUAAAUUGCACCAAAGUUACUGUCGUGAGUCAAUGAAAAUCAAUCCUUGCUUCUAAACGUCUAUGCUUCAAUUGUAUGGGCACACACAGAGCAGCACUAUGGGGGAGCCAAACAUCUUGUCACACUUGCAAGGGAAAACAUCACACGUCAAUCUGUGAAAAAACGCAAAUGUUACUGCCGGCAUGUGAACCAGGCAUGACUGCAAAUCACGUUGGAGAAUCAGCUGUCAUUCAUCCAGUUGUUGUACUGAGGGUUGAGGGAUACAAAUUUCGAGCACUUCUGGACGGUGGUGCGAGUCACUCCUAUUGCUCUUCAACCUUCCUGAAAUUGGUUAAAGCUCGGCCAAAUACAGCUGGUUUACGUCAAAUCGCAAUGCUUAUGGGUGUAACCACAAAAACACUGCAAGAAUUUAAUGUGACAAUGCAUGCUGUGACA